CGCUCCCCGCGGCCGCCGCGUCUUCCUGGCCGCCUUCGCAGCUGCCCUGGGUCCGCUCAGCUUCGGAUUCGCGCUCGGCUACAGCUCCCCAGCCAUCCCUAGCCUGCGCCGCGCCGCGCUCCCGGCCCUGCGCCUCGACGACAACGCGGCCUCCUGGUUUGGGGCCAUCGUGACCCUGGGCGCCGCGGCUGGGGGCGUGCUGGGUGGCUGGCUAGUGGACCGCGCCGGGCGCAAGUUGAGCCUCUUGCUCUGCACCUUGCCCUUCGUGGCCGGCUUUACCAUCAUCACUGCGGCCCAAGACAUGUGGAUGCUGCUCGGAGGCCGUCUCCUCACUGGCCUGGCUUGCGGUGUGGCCUCACUAGUGGCUCCGGUCUAUAUUUCCGAAAUCGCCUACCCAGCGGUCCGCGGGCUGCUCGGCUCCUGUGUGCAGCUGAUGGUCGUCCUGGGCAUCCUCCUGGCCUACUUGGCAGGCUGGGCCCUGGAGUGGCGCUGGCUGGCCGUGCUGGGCUGCGGGCCCCCCACCCUCAUGCUGCUGCUUAUGUGCUGCAUGCCCGAGACCCCACGCUGCCUGCUGACCCAGCACAAGCGCCAGGAGGCCAUGGCCGCACUGCAGUUCCUGUGGGGCUCCGUGCAGGGCUGGGAAGAGCCUCCCAGGGCUGAGCACCAGGGCUUCCACCUCGGCCUGCUGCGGCACCCUGGCAUCUACAAGCCCUUUGUCAUCGGCAUCUCACUGAUGGCCUUCCAGCAGCUGUCGGGGGUCAACGCCAUCAUGUUCUAUGCAGACACCAUCUUUGAGGAGGCCAGAUUCAAGGACAGCAGCCUGGCCUCGGUGGUCAUGGGCGUGAUCCAGGUACUGUUCACUGCGGCGGCGGCCCUCAUCAUGGACAGAGCUGGGCGGAGGCUGCUCCUGACUUUGUCGGGUGCCGUCAUGGUGUUUAGCACCAGUGCCUUUGGCGCCUACUUCAAGCUGGCCCAGGGUGGCCCCGGCAACUCCUCGCAGGUGGACUUCUUGGCACCUGUCUCGGCAGAGCCCACCGACACCAGUGUGGGGCUGGCCUGGCUGGCUGUGGGCAGCAUGUGCCUCUUCAUCGCCGGCUUUGCAGUUGGCUGGGGGCCUAUCCCCUGGCUCCUCAUGUCCGAGAUCUUCCCGCUGCACGUGAAGGGUGUGGCUACUGGCGUCUGCGUCCUCACUAACUGGCUCAUGGCCUUCCUGGUGACAAAGGAGUUCAGCAGCCUCAUGGAGGCCCUCAGGCCCUACGGAGCCUUCUGGCUUGCCUCUGCCUUCUGUAUCUUUGCUGUCCUUUUCACAUUGUUCUGUGUCCCUGAAACCAAAGGAAAGACUUUGGAACAAAUCACAGCCCAUUUUGAGGGGCGGUGACAGCCCCUUUCUGUGAAUGGCUGGCCUUCCUAGCUGGCCCGUCUUUGGGCUUCAGAAGGGAUGGAACCAGUCUGACUCUGAGCCCCUGCCCGCCCCAGGCCCCAGGAGAGCCUGAGCUGGGACCACAGUCCCUGGGAGCCUUGGCCUGCGGGCCACCCUUUUCUGCCCAGCUCUACAGCCCAGCUGCCCAGGGCCGUCAGGUUCGCCAGCCUCUGGGUCUGGCCCUGCUGUUACUCCGUGGACUCGGGCACAUCUCAGGAGCUGGGCAGUGGCGUGUCAGCCCUCCAGCCAGCUCCUUCGCAACACUAAAGCAGGAGCCGUGGAGGAGUGGGGCCUCUUAGCUCUGGUCUUCCGACUGAAGAUGCCUCCACAAGCUGGGUGCUGGGCACUUGGUGGCUCCUCUCAGUGGCUGCAUUACCGGAAACUGUGUUUGCCAAAUAAAGUCUCGACUCAGAAAA